AUGCAAGAUCAUGUCCAUCGAUCGUGUCAUCCAUUGUUGUUAACACGGAAUGAAAUUAAGAAGAGAGAUCAGACGGCAAUGCAUCAUACAACCAUGUCACUCCAUACGACCAUGGCAGCAGACAAGAGAAAUACCACCACUGCCGAUACUAUGACCACAACAUGCCAUCCAUCCAGUGUGAUGUCAUUACUAGAGUCAACGGUGUCAUCAUUACCAGCAAAAGCAUGUCAACAACAAGAAGCAAAUUUGAUGGAGACUAUUGAAACGCUGAAAGAGACAACCAAUGACAUGGCACUACAAGAGCAAACAAUUGACCAACUUACACCUCUAACGAACCACAAAUACUGCAUUGAACCAUGCCCAUUCGAAAUUCAGAAACAAGACUCGAUCUCUUUCAUUGAACAGCUCAACAAGGUGAUUCUCGAAUUUCCAACUCUCAAAAGCUUAUUACCUCACAUACCAACCACAUCACACAAGUACUGUGUGGCAUCUUCGAGUCAAUCGAUCCUCAUUGAACAUACGAACAUGAAAGAUUGUUUGGAUUUUUUAACAGAUUUUGAAAAGUAUCCUCAAAUCGUAGAAGGAAUACAUUCAGCAACUGUCACGUGUCACAAACAAGACGACCACACGAGGAUGGUUCACAUGAAAUCCACCAUUCUCUUUUCCACUCUCGAAUAUGACAUUAAGGUGACACGAACUCGAGAAGGAAUUUCCUUCACUCACGUCUCAGAAACAAGUCCUUUUAAAUCCUUCACAGGUGGAUGGAAAUUGGAAAAUGUCGAAUGCCACAACAACCAUUCCUCCAAUAAGAAUGAUGAUCGAACGACCAUUCGAGCCACGUAUUUCAUUCACAUGGAAAUAGAACCACAAGUACUCUUUAAGGUUCCAUUACGAAACGGAUCCACAGAUUCUCAUGGAAUUUCAGCAGAUGCAUCCUUGUAUGAAUGGCUCUCCAACAAGAAUGUACCAACUCUCAUGCGAGUGAUGAAGAAACACAUUGAAGAAUACAGCACACGAAAGAGAGUGAAAGAAUUUCACAUCAAGCAAAAACAAUUGAUGCAACAAAGUUCCAUGCUCUUUUUGUAA